GAAAACAAGGCAAACCUUCCAGAGCAGACGGAAUCUUCCUUGACAACCACUCCUAAUCCAGCCCUUCCCCAGAGGUCAGCCGCUGUUUCAGGCACUGACACUGCUGCUGCAUGUAGGGAGGGCGCUGACUGAAGCUUCCUGAUUCCUCCAGAUGAUGGCUAAAGGGUUCUGUGUCCCCUCUGCCUCCCCAGGAAAGAGAGCAGCAUGGCCAGUGUGCUGUCCCGGCGCCUCGGUAAGCGGUCCCUCCUGGGAGCCCGGGUGUCGGGGCCACCCGGGGCUGCCCCACCUUCGGAGCCGCAGGCGGAGCUGCUGGAGGGGGUGGCUCCCCAGCCCUUCACCUCCAAGGACACGUCCUGUCAGGAGCAGCCCAAGGAAGUCCUCAAGGCUCCCAGCACCUCAGGCCUCCAGCAGAUGGCCUUUCAGCCUGGACAGAAGGUAGGAUGGUGCCUGAGUGGACAGGUGUAUGUGUGGUACGGGGGGCAAGAGUGCACGGGACUGGUGGAGCAGCACAGUUGGGCGGAGGACAAGGUGACGGUCUGGCUGCUGGACCAGAAGUUACAGAUCUGCUGCAAAGCGGAGGAGGUGUGGCUGGCCGAGCUACAGGGCCCCAUCCCCCAGGGGCCACUUCCGGAGCAGGGAGCCCAGGCGCAAGCCUACAGGCCUGUCUCCAGGAACAUUGACGUCCCAAAAAGGAAGUCCGAGGCGGUGGAAAUGGACGAGAUGAUGGCGGCCAUGGUGCUGACGUCCCUGUCCUGCAGCCCGGUCGUGCAGAGUCCUCCUGGGGCCGAGGCCAACUUCUCUGCUUCCCGUGCGGCCUGCGACCCGUGGAAGGAGAGCGGCGACGUGUCCGACAGCGGCAGCAGCACCACCAGCGGGCACUGGAGUGCGAGCAGUGGCGUUUGCACCCCCUCGCCCCCCCACCCCCAGGCCAGCCCCAAGUAUCUGGGGGACGCCUUUGGUUCUCCCCAAACCGAUGCUGGAUUUGAAACUGAUCCGGACGCUUUCCUGUUGGAUGAACCAGCUCCACGUAAAAGAAAGAACUCGGUGAAGGUGAUGUACAAGUGCCUGUGGCCAAACUGCGGCAAAGUCCUGCGCUCCAUCGUGGGCAUCAAGCGCCACGUGAAGGCCCUCCACCUGGGGGACUCUGUGGACUCCGACCAGUUCAAGCGGGAGGAGGAUUUCUACUACACGGAAGUGCAGAUGAAGGAGGAAGCAGCUGCUGCUGGCACCCCCACCGCCGACUCAGCCCCCACCCCCGGUGUGACCAGCCCACCCCUCGCCAUUCUCCCACCGCCUCCUCCCAAAGGCCAGCCCUCGGGCCCAGAGCACCCUGGCCUGGAAUCCUACCUGCCCUCCGGUGCUCUCAGCAAGUCAGCUCCCGGCUCCUUCUGGCACAUUCAGGCUGACCAUGCAUACCAGAGAGGAAGGGAGAGAGACAGAGAGUCAGAAACAUCGAUGAGAGAGAAACAUCGAUCAGCCGCCUCCUGCACAUCCCCCACUGGGGAUGUGCCCGCAACCCAGGUACAUGCCCUUGACCGGAAUCGAACCCGGGACCUUUCAGUCCGCAGGCCGACGCUCUAUCCACUGAGCCAAACCGGUUUCGGCGCACACACACAGCUUGAUUUUAUCAGACUCCAGACUGAUUGGCAGGCCCUGCCGUCCUUUCAGAUCCCCGUCUCACCGCACAUCUACACCAGUAUAAGCUGGGCCGCCGCCCCCUCCACGGCCUCCUCCCUCACUCCGGUCCGGAGCAGGUCGCUAAGCCUCAGCGAGCCCCAGCAGCCACCACCUGCCAUGAAAUCUCACCUGAUUGUCACGUCUCCACCCCGGGCCCAGAGCAGCACCAGGAAGGCCCGCGGGGAGGCUAAGAAGUGCCGCAAAGUGUACGGCAUUGAGCACCGGGACCAGUGGUGCACAGCCUGCCGCUGGAAGAAGGCCUGCCAGCGCUUCCUGGACUGAACCUGCCGGCCGGCUCCCCCUCGCUGCUCCCGGCCCCACGGCAGCCAGAUGACAAAAGGCGGACCCGUGAGCCCUCAGCAGACACCUACCGAUAAAGAGUGGACACUGGGAGUGUGGGCUCUCUUGGCUGAGGUUUAAUACUUAAACCCCUUUUCCCUCCCUUGUGGGCACAUUUUAUUUUUUAAAAAGAGAAACGAACCUAUUUUUUCCCCCCUCAAGGAGGAGAAAGCCAAAACUGACCAAGGGUAUUCUGCAGCGAACUAGAGACCAAAGAAUGAAUGGGCCUCCCUUCCCCACAUCCCCUCUCGCCUGGGGAUUAGUGUGUAAGCAUCAAAAGAAGGAACCGCUCAUUCUGUUUCCUGCUGAGUUGGUGAAUUCUUUGCUUUCUCAACUCACCCAGAAAGGACUGUGAGCAAGAUGAAUUUACUUUUCUUAAAAAAAAAAAAAAAGUUUCUGGCUGAUGACUCAGAGAGCAGGACCUGCCGUUGGGGUGGGAAGAGUGGGGGGGUAUCUGGGCGGUGUUUUGGGGGUUUUUUUGCAGCAAGCCCUUCUCCACCUGAACCCUGGAGAAUGGAGAGCUUGCCUCGCCAAGCAGCUUCCAUGGAAGUAAAAGGACAACCUUCUGGUGACAACUCUCUGAAUCUGGGUCCCCUCAGACGUUGGGUGGCAUCCCAGCACGUACUGUGCGGCUUCUUCUCAAAGCCCAGACCCAGCGUUUUUUUAAAGACUGUCCCCAAGUAGCUGAGCCAAAAGGCUGAUCAGAAUUCACUUUUUGACGUGUGGCGGUCAAACACUACCUUGAUAUUCUUUCCUCUUUCCUUGAGGAAAAGCGAGAGGGUUUCCGUAUCUGUGAAAGCUCUCUGCUAAAACACUUUGUUUUCUUUUAUGGUGUAUUCAGAAGCCUUUAUCUGAUUAAAGUUCCCCUUUAUUUGGGUGGUA